GCGUCCAGCCGCCAAUAUGGCCAAGAAAGCGAAAUCACGUACCAUGGCCGUUCGCCUGAUCUCGAUGGCCAUGACUGGCUACUACCGCACAAUGACCCGACCCCGUGCGCACCGUCCUUUGAGCAUGCUGAAGUAUGAUCCCGUUGUCAAGAAAAAGGUGCUGUUCCUGGAGGCAACCAAGGGUGGACGCGCGAAAUGAUUUACCUUCUACCGC